UAAUUUCUAAUUGGUGGGAAUCCGAGGCAAACAAAGAUAAGCUUCAGCUGAAACCUCAAUCACAAACCAACAGUCACUGCACAGCAAUGGCGAUUCAACAGUACUUCCUCCGUCGGACUUACAUGACUCAACAAAAUCCCGGUGACCGGAAAGACAACUUGCCGGAGACUUCCAGCAUACCAGCCGAACAAUUCCAGCCAUUAGCAACCACAUUCAGACGCCGGCUUCUAACUGGCAUUGGAUCAGCUUCUCUAGUCGCCGUUGGUGCUAACUUCGCCGGCACCACCAGUUUUCUUCUCGGUUUGUCGCCGGAAACUGCCCGGAAUCUUAAACUUGACGUGCUUUAUCCAGUCAAAGGUUUCAGUCGCUGCAUCAAUUCUGAACAAUGAUUUGAAUUUAUUUACCCACAAAAUUGGGUUGGAGACCAGACCUUAUUGUAUAGAGCAGCUGGGAAGGCAGAGAUGGAAAGAUCACUUGAUCCGCCACCGGUUAACCGCAGGAGGAAUGUAAACGAACCGGUUGCCGCCUUCGGUCCGCCUGGCUCAACCGGUGAGCUCAACGUUAGUGUCAUCGUCUCCCCUGUUGCGCUUGAUUUCUCAAUUGAAGCCUUUGGAGGUCCGGAGGAAGUAGGAGAAGCUAUUGUUCGGACGAUCACAGGGUCUGGUCGACGGCCGGACGUUAAAGGGACGCUUAUAAAGUCAAACCUGAGAGAAGAUGACACGAAGAAAGUCAAAUACUAUGUGUUAGAAUUUGUAGUGGAAAGCCCUUCGUUUAGGCGACACAAUGUGGCGGUUUGUUGCGUUCGUGGGGGUCGUUUAUUCACUCUCAACGCGCAAACACCCGAAUCAGCAUGGCCCAUGCUAAAACCAGACUUUUACAGGAUGGCAGAUUCUUUUAGCCUAACUUCAUAGUGACUUGAGGGAUGUUAAUCACAGCUCAUACAUUUUGUAUCAUGGUGUUGCAUUGGUUGAGUUGACUUAAGUGAUCAGGUCAACUCAAAAUUAAUUUUUAUUUGUCAUUUUGAGUUAAUUUGGUCAACUUAAAAUGAUAUUGUUUUUCUAAAUGUUUGUGGUUUAACAUUGGAGGAUGAUUGGAUGAAGAAAAUGGAAUGUGUUUAAAAUUC